AUGUCAUCAGUAGAUGAUCUCUUCCGCAGGCCCAAUGCCAUCCCUAAGCGCAAACUUGAGGAUCCCAACGCGUCCUUCGGCGGACGCUCAAAAACCGCAAAGUUCUUGAAUGGCACUUCCCCCCACAGCACCUCCACUACACAGCCUCCGCCUCCUUCGGUACAGGACGAGAAUUCCGAGCAGCCAGCAGGGCAUGAGGGCGACGAAGACGAUCUCGAAGCCGGCCCCGCUCUACCACCAGAAGAGGACGAAGAGGGCGAUGAUGAAGAAGGCCGAUUCUUCGGUUCGGGCGUCACAGACACCGAACGGCAGGCUCUAGACCUCAUCAACCAGAACGAUGGCGACGAGACCCCCGAAGAGACUAUAGAUCUCUCCUGGCUGAAGCGUACCGCCCUGUCCUUCGAGCGGAAGAUCAAUAAAAACGCCGAACUACGCGCCAAAUACGCAGACGACCCUCUGAAGUUCGUGGCCAGUGAGGCAGACCUGGAUGCCGAGAUCAAGACCCUAUCUCUGCUGUCCGAGUAUCCGGCUCUCUACCCGCAACUGGUCAAGUCUGGUAGCUUGAACAGCUUGGUCCAGCUAUUGGCGCAUGACAAUACGGACAUCGCCAUCGCCGUGGCACAAGUGCUCGACGAGCUCACCGACGAAGAUACCUCUGUCGAAGCCGAGCAAUGGAGUGCUCUUACUGCCGCACUCUUCGACGCUGAUAUCCUCGACUUACUCACUUCAAAUCUCUCUCGGCUCGAUGAGACGGCCGAUACCGACCGAGAUGGCGUCUACCACAUUCUCUCUGUACUCGAGAACCUGCUAUCCGCGCCCGCGAACCACGACGUAAUUGGAUCGAAAGUUCUGACCUGGCUGCUGGGUCGCAUAAAGACCCCUGACCCCACAGCGCGAGCCCGUGUUGGCCAGAAUCGACAGUACGCGGCCGAACUGCUCGCCAUUCUACUACAAAAUUCACAUUCCAACCGUAAGCUUGUUGGAAAAGGAGUCGAUGACAUCCUCGAGCUCCUCGCGCCUUACCGCAAUGGCGACCCUGAACGCGACAGCGAGGAGGAGGAGUUUGUCGAGAAUCUCUUCGACUGCCUCACCUGCCUGGUCGAGGACGAGCUACCAGCAGGCAAAUUCCUGGACGCAGAAGGUGUAGAAUUGUGUCUUAUCAUGCUACGGGAAGGUAAGCUGGCUAAGGGUCGGGCAUUGAAAGUGCUGGAUCACGCCAUGGGAGGUGCGGCGGCCGUGGCGGUGUGUGACAAGGUCGUGGACGCGGCGGGGCUGAAAACCAUCUUUGGGCUCUUGAUGAAGGGAGGUGGCAAGGCUAAGGGCAAGGACAGGAAAUCGUCCAGCAAGGGCAGCCUCGAGAGAGAGUCCGUCGAGCACCUCAUAGGCAUAUCAGCCAGCCUGCUCAGGUAUACUCCCGCCGAUUCGCCGGCUCGAAUACGGACUCUGGCCAAGUUCGUGGAGCGCAACUACGAAAAGAUCGACCGCUUGAUCGAGCUCAGAGGCGAAUAUAGAACCCGUCUCGCCAGGGUCGACGCUGUAAUCGAAGACGAGAAGCAAAAGCAGCGCACAAGUCCCUCGCCCGAGGAACUGGCCGAGCUUGAGGACGAGUGGCUGUCCCGUAGGCUGGAGGCGGGCCUGUACAGUCUGCAGACCUUGGACGUGGUCCUGAGCUGGCUUGUCGCCGAAGACACAGGCGCCAGAUCGAAGAUCGAAGCUCUUCUGAAAGCCAAUGACGGGACGGCUGUGCUGAAACGCAGCUUGCAGGAGCAGCUUGAGGGCAUUGAUGCCGACACGGACAAGGCUAAGGAAGGGAAGGAGAUGCUCGAAGCGCUCGUCAGAUGUCUGUAG